UACAGGUUUGUUUCAGUAUCUCCGUUCUAUUAGUGCUGCCUUUCAUCCACCCAAUGAUUCGGUGCUCGAUUUAUUUGGCUUUGUGUAAGAUUGUGGACACUACUGUUUCAUUCUGUGUGGAUGGCGCGUGUACUUUGGGAAUUCAGUUUUUUUGAAAGCCGGACAGGGGAUGGUAAAGAGACAAACGAUGGCUGGGAAAACUGAGACAGAAGUAGUCAUUCGCAAGAAACAGCAGCAUGCUAAUAGGGUUGAAGAGGCUGUAGUUUUGGAGUCUGAAGCGGCAUCCCAUUGGCGGCCUUUAGGGAAAGUGGUCUGGUGCCUGCGCCGAGUAGGUUUGGAACGAGACUGGCUGUUACUGCCGGACAACACUGAGGUAACUGUGGGUAGAGGCUUGGGUGUUACUUACCAACUUUUGUCCAAAACUUGCCCGCUGAUGGUUUCUCGUAAUCACUGUGUCUUCAAGCAGGAUGCUGAUGGCCUAUGGGUGGUCACUGAUAACAAGAGUCUUAAUGGAGUUUGGGUGAAUAAUGUGCGCAUUGAAUCUCAGAAGCCAUACCAGAUUGUUGAAGGAGACCUAGUACAACUAGGAGUACCACUGGAAAAUGAAAGUAGCCCAGAAUACGAGUAUCGUUUAAUCAGGGAGGGCUUUGAGACCAUUUCUCCAUGUCUUGCUAAAAGGCUAGAUCAGGAAGUAACUAAGCAAAGACCCAUGAAGACCAAACGCAAAAUCAAUACUGAAGAUUCAGAAACAUCUGGAACAGAAUGUUCUUCUGGUACUCGGAAAUUGCAUCGGUCGUGUGGAAGUAAUGUAGAAGGAGAGAGUUUAGUGCCCAGAUCUGUCCUGGAAAAACAGCCGACUCAGUCUGUGGAUCCUGUAGUCUCCACCCCAGGAACAAGCAAAGUGACUGAGUCAACCACAGUGCUUUGUAAUAGUCAAGAUUUUGCCGGUUCGUUGACCCAAGUUGUGGGAGAAUGCAGCAUCAACUCUUCUGUAAACAGUUCAGAACUUGCUCGGCUGAAGGAGAAUAUAAAGGGCAUUCAGAGGCUUAAAACAAAGGUCCAGGCUUUGGAACACCAGUCAGCAGUUCUGCAGGCAAAGCCCCAUUCUGAGUCAGUUUCUCAGAGAGAGCUUAAACAGCUCGAACAGGAAUUGCAGGAACUGCGAAAACAACUGCUUUUUGAGCAGCAGCUGCAGAGACAGACUGUAGAGAAAUUGGAGAAAACCUUUCAUGAGGAGGAACAGCGCUUGGAGGAUGAAAAGAAGCAGCAGCAUCAGGGUGAGGAGAUUCUGCAGCAAAAACUGGUUCAAACAUUGGAGGAGCACCGCAAGCUUAUGGAGGAUCUACAAAGAAGCAGGAAGGAUUUUGAAGAAAUUCUUCAGGCUAAAGAUAAGGAGCUGGAGGAAACAAAGGAGGAAAAAGAAAAAGUGAUGGCCCAGAAGCAAGUGGUUCUGACACAGAUGUCUGAUGUUCUGGAAAAUGAACUUCAGUGUAUUAUUUGCUCAGAGCAUUUUAUUGAGGCUGUGACGCUGAACUGCUCUCAUAGUUUCUGCUCUUACUGCAUCACAGAAUGGAAGAAACGGAAGCAUGAAUGCCCCAUCUGCAGGCAGACAAUCUGCACGCAGACACGGUCUAUUGUUCUAGACAAUUGUAUCGAGAGGAUUGUAGAGAACCUUGGUGCAGAGGUCAAAGAGAGACGAGCUACACUUCUUCAAGAACGGAAAGAGAAGAAGCAGGAGGAAGUGGUCAGUGUGAGUGAUUCAGAUAGUGACAGUAGUGAUAUUUCUUCAGUCUUAUCACUCAGAAGCUACGAGACCUACAGUGACACUCCUAGUGGGGUGGACUCCCCAAGCUUCACUGGUGAUUCUGAUGAUGGCGAGAGCUACUUUUUUAUUGAAGACUUCGUAUAACACACUUUUUCUUCAUCCAAAUGUACCUCAGAAUGCCAGAGAAAAACAUUUUGGUACCGUUGGGAUUUUCCAGAGAUGGUUAUUGGACAUUUCUGAAGUGUAUUGUCCUUCAAAUGAAGAAAAGAGUAUGUUUAACUGUGUAUGGAAACUUUGGGUAUGGACUAAGCAGUUCCUGUGAAAAUCCCCAUUUGACAGAUUGACUGCACUCUUGACAUCUUGGUACUUCAUAACUGUGCACUUUUAAAGAAAGAGCUAUUUCACACUGCGACGAUCAUGUUUCUGUGCGGGUCAGAUGGUGAGCAGACUGGAUUUAAGAUGUGCUACCUGCAUGAAGCAGUGCUCUACCUCUUUUGUAGCACAAAAGCACUGACUCUGUUAGUACUUGGGAGUGGCAGGUCUUGCCAGCCAAAAUGUGUGCUGUGAAGAACAAGGCCUGCUAUGUUGGCAUUUAGCAGUAUAGCACUGAGCUUUGUCAUUUUGUUCAUUUUACUAGAAAGCAGAUCACCCUUCAGUGGAUGACAAGAGAACAGUGUGCUCUCACACAUUUUGUACUGCAAAUGUAUACUUGUUAACAUUUCACAAAAUGUCACAGCAUUCAGUGUGUUUCUGUUUUCUUUAAUUCAUGAUUUAGAAACUCACAAGAUGAUUACAUGCA